UGUGCCAGGGAAGCUAGAGCUGGGCAGAGGGGUGUCCGGGGAAACCCCCGCUGAGUUUUCUCCCAGCCCGGGACCCUGGACCCUGAACCCAUCCUCGCCGGCCAUGCCCGGCCUCAGCCCACGAUAACUCAGGACUAGGAGGCAGGAGCCAGGCUGUGAGGCUUUAAAACGGCCCGAAUGGAGGAACGCCAGCGCGGUGCGCUCCGCCCGGCACCGCCGCUCCCCGCUCUGCCCAGGGCCCGGCUCCCCGCCGACCUCCGCGCAGGGCGGGGGCCACUCGCUGUGCAGGGCAGGGAGCCCCCGCGGGAACGCGGCAGUUCGAGUUCUCGUCCCGCGGCACCCCGAGCCUGGGCAGCGGCUCCCCCCCGGGCCGGUUUGCCCUCGGCGGAGGGCAGCGCAACCCGCGCGCGGCCCGCCCCGGGCACAAGAUGGCGGCGGCCGUGGGGGCGCCCGGCGCAGCGGAGCCCGGCGGCAGCGGGCGGCAGGGCGGAGAGGGCUCGGCGGCGCGGCGCUGAAGGAGGCCGCCCGGCCUCUACCGCCUCGUCACGGGCUCCGGCGGCCCGGCGCGGCGGGGUGGGGCUGCGGCCGCCGCCGGACCGAGCGGGGCGGGGGGCGCUCUGCCCGGCGUCGGCCAGCCCCGCGCCCUAGCACCGGCGAUGAGCGGCGCCGCGGAGGCGCGGGAACUGGAGGAGCGGCUGCGGGAGGCGGCGGCACUCGGGGAUGUGGAGGAGGUGCGGCGGCUGCUGGGCGCGGGGGCCGACAUCAACUCCCGCAACGAGAUCAACGGCUGGACCUGCUUGCACUGGGCCUGCAAGCGGAACCAUGCCCAGGUGGUGUCUCUCCUGCUGGCUGCAGGUGCCGACAGGCAGCUCCUCACGGCCCGAGGAGAGCUGGCUGCAGAGCUCACGUCGAAGGCAGACAUCCGCAAGAUGCUGGGAGUAGAGGAAGAAAUGGAAUGUCAAGGAGUGAAGGAUCUGAAUUUGCCACUUGUUGCGAACUACUUGUCCCAGCUGCCUUUCCACUGUGCUCACACUGAAGAGAGCAUCGGGGGCAGCCUGGCCCAGCUGGAGAGCAACUCCCUCUGCUCUGCUUCCCCGGGCGAGUGCAGCCCCAGCUCCCCAGCUCCGCAGGCUGAUGAUGCUGGUACCCCAACAUCGUGCAGCAGCCCAGAAGAUUUUCCAGCAGCUGCUGCCAUGGAGCCACUGCCAGUGCCAGCGGCAGCUGUCACAGCACCCCCCAGCCCUGCUGGCUGGCCCAGCUCGCCCCACGGCCCCAGCCCGUGCUUGCCCCAUGGGCCCAGCCUGCACUCACUAGCUGCAACCGGGCAGGCAGCACCGUUGCACCCCAACAGCUCGCCCUCGGCUCCUGCCACGGCCCUUCAGCCCCUCUUCUUCACAGGAACGCUCCCAUGUAACAUGCAAGAACUUGUGCUUAAGGUGAGAGUCCAGAACCUCAGGGACAGCGACUUCAUUGAGAUUGAGCUGGACAGGCAGGAACUGACCUACCAGGAUCUGCUCCGAGUGAGCUGCUGUGAGCUGGGCAUCAAGCCUGAGCACGUGGAGAAGAUCAGGAAGUUACCCAAUACAUUGGUGAGGAAGGCUGCAGCAGAGCACAGUCGCUCUUUGUUGAUGCUGACAUCAGCCUUGUAUCAACAGCCAUUGGAGCAGCAGGGCUGUCCCAGAAGCUCCCCUCCCAAGGGCUCUGUUGAGCAAGGUCAGGACAGAAACCCUUCUGAGACCAGAGGAGACACUUGGCCCCGGCUCCAGCCUUUCACCAAGUUACUCAGGCUGUAAGCGCCUGUUCCUUGUCCUGGAAGCAAGGAUCAGCCUCUCUCCAGGUGCUCUAACAGACCCUGCUAACUUGCCUCCAUCCUGGCCCAGCCCUGGCCAGAGCUCUUGGGCAGCUCAGGACUGAGACAGUAUGAAGUAAAACUCCCUGAUUAGGGCUCCUGCUGUGCUUUUAUUGUAGGACAGUGAAAGAGUUUCCAGUUUAACAACUCCAUUUAUCUUUUCAGCAUAGCUUGGAAGGUAGGCCACAGAAUGUGCAAUAACUGUUUGUGAAGUAGUAGUUUCAUGGUUCCCAAGGAAGAGGAUCUACUUUCCUGUCAGUUCCCUGUUCAGGAAAUGGGUGCAAAGUUUAAACAGCUUUAUUUGCUCAUUUCCACAACUCAGUGUUACUCUCAAGCUGACUCUUACUAAGUCUAUGCAUUCAGAGAACUAUUUUUGUAUGCUUUAAGCAGUUUGAUAACUGUAAGGCAGAGCAGUGAUGGUACCUGGGCUUUGUUGGGUUUGUGUUUGCCUUGACCAGUGGCACGAGGACUAACACUAUGUUUACAAACCUCGUUGUUCUUCCAAGGACAAGUUUUGUUUGCACUAUGAACUUGAACUGACACUGCUACUACUCACUUACCCGAAUUAAAAUAUCUGUUGUUUCAA